AAAUCACAGUCAACGUCCCCUGGUUGGCUGCAAAUGCUUCUCGUAAUUUAUCUUCCGCGCCAAGGUCAUAAAAUAAACGAAUGCCCUUUUUGUAGCUGAAUAUAUUCAGUAUAUAUUAAUCAAGGGUCGUGAGCAGGAAAAAUAUUUCUGUGGAAACGCGUGACAUUGUUUGCCACAUCGUUCUCCCAGAUAAUACGCGGUAAAGCCUAUCGACUCGUACGUGAAUUAUUUGAAACAAGCGCCGCCGAUCAAGCUGAAUGACUCACACAAAAGGAAAAAGAAGGACGCGAUAAAGGUUAGUCGAAAGAUAAAAUUUCACGGGCGACGUUACCGCGCAUAGAUUGACAGUCGUGGCUCGUCGAUUCCGACCGGGAAUUUUCCACGUAGUACGAUGCGUUGCACGGUGCGACACGAAGCUCAGUCAACUGACAGACCGUUAAACGAUCGUAUUAGUUUAUGGAAAUAACAAGCGCAAGUUGAGUCGAUACGUAGGGAAAUCGGCCGGUACAAACGGUGUGCAACGUGUCGGCGUGUCAGGAAUAUCGAAGCGCGGAUAAAGCGGCGGGGUGUGUGCGGCGUAUAGGUGACGAGAGACGGUACGCGGCCACACGAAUCCAGUUGCAUUUUCCCUACGCUCUAUACGGAAUGAAUCGUGACGUUAUCACCGACGAUGGAAUUAAUUAUUGGAAAGCGGCGAACGGUCAAUUAUUCACGGUUUUAAUUAGCACGCUACCACCGGCUGGUACACUCUUGCUGCUCGAUCGAACAUCGUCGUUCGCCAGCAGACGGAAGAUUUUUGCCGGGAUGCGAUGCGUCGUAUUAGCGUCGCCUGGCCAACGCAGUUCCGACGUUCUCGCGCUUAUUUUCCCUUUCGGACGAAUCGUUUCGUUAGCGCUGGAUAAAACGAGCCGCAAAUGUCGCACGCGAUACGGUUCGCUGGCGCGGGAUCGACUUCCGUCGGAACUCGACAGGCAGCCGCAGCUGUGCGCGUGCAUCGUGCAUGCCGAGUCAAAAAGUAAGCGAUAUCGCGCGCGUCGAAUCGCACCCACAGUCUACGCGCGAUGUCGCUGUUCGAGCGUUCAGCCAAAACCGGGAGAUCACCGCGUGAUCGAAUUCGCUCGCGUUCACCGUUUUUCGGUUUGGUUCGGUUCGACUCGGCUCGAGAGAAAAACCGGCAGAAUGUGGGCUCGGUGCGCGUUAUACCGAAACCCGAUACCGUCGCACACGGAAAUGGUCGUUGUUCUAGAUUCGAAUGAAAUCGAUCGCGAAAUAGCUUUUUCGCGCUAUUUACGGAUCACUUUGUUUCCGACCGCUGUGUCGCGACGUCACACGUUCCUAUAGUUUCUGCGACGGUAGGAAAUAGUUUGCCGCCGAUCACGCGACUCGCGCCAUAUCCUGAAAAUCGUAUUUCAUCGUUGUCGUUGCGCUAAUUAUACCGUGGACGCGAUGGACCACGUCACUUUGCUCGCCAUGAACCCUAAUAAUUUCACUAGGCUGUAAACGGCAAGUAAUCGAAGCGUUAAAGCGAUGGUUCUUGUUAUCACCGAGAAACAGCCGAACGUUUCACGUACAGAAUUUGCACGCCGUUUCGCUAUUGUCACGCGCGGUAUUUCACCGUGGUAGUGGUCCAUUGAUGAUGUAGAUUCGACCCCUAUCUAACUCGCUUCGAUCUGGGUAUUUGCUUGUUAAGUGACGGUAUUGACGCGCGCGACAAGCAAAUAUCCAUAAUCGAGGAUCGAGUAAUUGGUUUCGUUCGAGCAGGACUCAAAGUCCGUGCCCUAACACAGUGAAAGGUGAAGGACGAGCGAUCGCGGGGCGCUCGACGGAUCAAGAAACUCGUCUCGCUUUAUUACUUAGAACGUAAUUUAACGGGAUAGUAAGUUAAUUAAGGAGCGCAACGUGGCUGUGUUUGUAUCCGCUCGAGAGAACCACUCGACCGUCGUUGACCUUCGGCAGAAAACAGAAAACGAAUUAACGUUCAGCGGGUGGAAAGGUUGAAAAUCGUUGAUUAAUUUCUCGAUAUUAUUUCCCGAGUAAAGCGACGGAACUUGUUGAACGAGAGCUCACAGACACGGCGAUUGUCGCGUCGUGUCGGUUUUUGUAAUCGAUCGUUUGACUUCCGGCAUCCUGCUGACGACGUAGCAACGUCGAGUAAAUGGCAACCCGAUCGUAAUAUAAUCGUCCGCGAAAACGCGAUAUUAUUCUUCAACUUGAAAACUCGAUUCGCCACUCACCGCGAGUACCGAAUCUAGCUUUCUUACGCGAAUUACUUUGGCCGGAGUUUACAAACGUUAUUUAAAGUUUUCGAAGAACAUUCGCGAGAGGAGUCUAUCCGUACUCUGGCCGCGACCAUCUCGUCCGGUACUCUCCGAUUUACCUAACAUCGGAAUUCUUGCUCGUCUCGCGGUUCUUUUGCUCUUGUUCUACCCUGCGCGCCAUUUCUUAAUUCAGGAUUAAUUCAAUUUCACGCUGUCGACCGACGUUCACGUUUACUUCGCCAUUGAUUCCGUUUGGAAGUUGCACGCGACCGUCGCGUCGCAAGUAAAAUACGAAUGUAGCCCUAGACCGUUCGCAAUGAGCUUCGUCGUCUGGAAUCGAUAGUUCUUUUUCUCGCGCGCUCGGGUUUAAACCGAUCGACUUUCGACCCGCUCUCUUCUCUCUCUUUUCCUUCUUUCGUUCGUUGAGUUUUCCUUGACGGUGGAAACGACGAGAAACGAGAUCCGUUCGCGAGUUUCUCGUCGAUGGCGAUAAACGAAACGACCUCGCCGGAAAAAGCAGAGUAUAAUACAUCCGUUAACGAGCAACGAUCAAAGUUUCGGCAAAAGUACGUUGAUUAAGCAUACUUUAAACAGAAAUCUCGUUUGAAAUUCUGAUCCGGAACUCGGUCGGUAUUCAAAUGAUGGUCCUUGCGCGUCCUUUUUUGGCCGAUCGUUGCCACGAAACUUUUGCUCCGUGCCAAUGACGGAGUUUUUUCGGUUGCGCGCGAUCGACGAUGUCGCGUUCGAACCAGUUUCGUCCCAGUUCGUUAAACUUGCGACCUGCUGCACCGAAUCGCGUUUCCUCAUAAUUACAGGUAAAUUCGCGCGCGAUCGAUAAGGUCCCACCUAUGCAAGCACAUCGAUCGUAUCUCUGCACACCGCGGAGAAACGAAAAUUACCAUCAAAUUGCUUUGGUUCUCGCGGUGUUUGCCAGAGUCCAUUUUAACGGCGUUGUUCGCACCAUUUGCGAAAGCUCGCGGCUCGGUACGCUUCGUUGAAAACGGUACGCUCUCGCGACCCCGGUGAAAAAUGUCAUCGAAACAUGGACUGGCGCGCCAGGUCGCGUCGUGCUCCAUGCACGCUCGAAUUCCUCCUCGGAUCGAAAGGUAAACGCUAAUACUCGCAAACUAAUAAAAACGACAAUGGUGCGUCGCGACGUGGCGUCAUUGCGAAAUUUCAUUAACCGCGAAAUCCGGUCGAUCUCAGUCGUCCGUUAAAGGACUGCGGCCAGCAAGGAUAAUGUGAGGUCGGACGUUCGAGAGGGAGCACAACGCUUUGAUCCUCGGUCAAAGGCCAACGUCUCCGAAGGGAGAGCGACGUUACCGUGGCUCCCUUGGCCUAUUGUGGCUCCUAUUGUUGCGCAAACUGCAUUACAACCGGACGUGGUCGCGACCUCCCUUCCGUGGCUCGUAACUCAGUGUCUCGCGGCCGGGUGCCGGCUUUGCACAAUGCAACGGCAACUGCACAGCCUGUAACACCGGCGACAGACAUCCACGCGACGUAACGUUACGUUGCCUCGUCGGACAGGCUGUACGUUCCGUCUACCAACUGCCGGGUAACCUCGCCCAUAAUCUUAAUCUCUUUUCGAAAACUCAGCCAGUUUCUUAACCGUUGCUCCAAACCUGAGGACGUCGUACUCGACGCUCGUCGAGUAUUCGUUCGAACGAAAUAACGCGACGACGUUAUGCGCGGUAACUCGAACGCGCGCUCCUCAACGACGAGAACCUUCGGAAGGAGCAUCCGCGAAAAUCCGCGUGAAAUUCACCCGAUUUCUAUCUCCGGCCUAAACGACGACUCCACACCGAGUCUCGAGGCUACAGCGUCUGUCGUCUGUACCACGAUUAACGACUCUUUGGUUUUGCACGUCGAACUUGUCGCGGUGAUCGGUGGAAGCUUGCAUGUUAAUAUUCCGCAGCGCGCCAAUGCGCGUCGAUAAAGUUUAGAGUAUUCAACGUUUCAUCGAUCCUGUCAUCGUGUUCGAUGACUCUACAUAUUGUCAACGGUGGCUGUCGUUUCGAAACAAGGACGACCGUUUCUUUCUGACGAGCGAGCGCACGCAGCUGUAAAUCCCUCGACGCGCGUCUUUCCCUCUGCGCGGCUUUCACUCUCCCCUUGGAGUGGUGUGUACGUUUCUAUAUCCAUCGCGAAGAUCUAGCGCAAUCGUCAUCGGCAGUCGUCACCCACUAGACGACGCCGAGAGGGUCUAGACCUCGGACAACAAUGGUGCUCCCAAGGGAUAAGGUGCUAUUAAUAAUUCGGAAGCGACGUCGUUACGCUUUAAGCGCGCCACGGCUGGUCGACGGGGAAUCUCGAAGGGGAGGAAACGGAAAUGAGGUACCAUUGGUCAAUAUCAGCGUCGUGGAAGGAAAACCAGCGGAACUGCCAUGCGACAUUACUCCACCCGGAGAGGACAGCCUGCACAUGGUCUUUUGGUUCAAGAACGAGGCUGGAGUGCCGUUGUAUACGAUCGAUGCCAGAGAGAAGCCGGUGACCAAAGCGCAACACUCCUCGGAUUCCGGGGUGUUUGGACCGCGAGCAUACUUCCGCACGGCAUUCCCGAGCCCUGCGGUCCUCGUGAUCGAGGACAUCAAGAGGCAUGACGCGGCCACUUACAGGUGCAGAGUCGACUUCCGCAAGGGACAAACACGUAGCUUCCGAUACAACCUCACCGUCAUCGUGCCACCGGAACAACCUACCAUUUUGGAUCAGUGGGGCAGGAUAGUAAACGGAACGGCAGGUCCUUACGAGGAAGGCGAUACACCUUCUCUGACGUGUCGUGUAACGGGCGGCAAGCCAGAACCCAUGGUCCGGUGGCUCGUCAAUGGCCAAGUCAAAGACGAGGAGUACGAGAAGAACGCUGGCGAUGUCAUAGAAAACAGACUGACUCUGCAGCCUAUCACUCGGUCGGAGCUCGGGGCGAAUUUUACGUGCCAGGCAAGGAACACGGACCUGAUCGAGCCAAAGGAGGCCUCGAUUACUUUGGAACUUAACCUGAAACCGUUGACGGCUACCAUAAGGAGGCCAGGGAAAAAGGGAGUCGGAAACGAAUCUCUGCUGGCUGGGAAACGGUACGAGGUGGAAUGCGAGACCAUCGGCUCGAGGCCACCAGCGGUGAUAACUUGGUACAAGGGACGAAGAAGACAGCUGAAACACACCACGGAGGAGAGAUCGGAGAAUCGGACGGUGAGCAUGGUGGAGUUCGAGCCAGGGGUGGAAGAUCACGGAAAAUCGAUCACCUGUAGGGCCGAAAAUCCAAACGUUACGGGACUGUUCGUGGAGAAAUCCUGGAAGAUCGACGUCGUCUAUCCGCCGAUCGUAUCGCUGAACCUUGGAUCGACGCUAAGCCCGGAGGAUAUCAAGGAAGGCGACGACGUCUACUUCGAGUGUCACAUCAGAGCUAAUCCUCCCUGGUCGAAAUUGACAUGGAUACACGACAACCAAAUACUGGCGCAUAAUACGUCAGCCAGGAUAAUCUGGUCGAAUCAGAGCCUGGUACUUCAGAGCGUGACUAGGAGUAGCGCCGGCAAGUACGUGUGCGCCGCAACGAAUGACCUGAACGAAACUCGGAGCGAGCCUCUUCAUUUUCGCGUCAAGUUCGCGCCGGUUUGCAAGGAGGACCGGAUCGUGGUGGUCGGAGCAUCGAGGGGCGAAUCGUUGAACAUCGCGUGCAAAGUGGAGGCCGAUCCGCCAGCGCACAAUUUCCGAUGGAAAUUCAACAACAGCGGAGAGACGUUGGAAGUAGCACCGGGCAGAUUCUCGAUGGAGAAGUCAAGCGGCGUGAGCGUGCUGAGGUACACGCCGACCACAGAGCUGGAUUACGGUACUCUGUCGUGCUGGGCGGACAAUUUCGUUGGUACACAAGCGAGACCGUGUCUCUUCCAGCUGAUAGCCGCCGGAAAACCAUUUCCGGUCCGUAACUGCACGCUCGCGAACCAGACUUACACCAGCGUCGAGGUGAAAUGCGUGGCCGGAUACGAUGGCGGACUUCCGCAAAAAUUCAUCCUGGAGGUGUACCAUGGCGACGUGGAUUUCCUAUCGAGCAGCCAGCCUCUCUACAACGUCUCCAACGUAGACGAGCCAAAUUUCUCUCUGGCCGGUCUGGAGGCGUCCGUCGAGGCGGGCGUUCACGUCGCGGUCUACGCCGUAAACGCUAAAGGCCGCAGUCAACCAGUCAUUCUCAGCGAGGUCACCUAUCGCGACGCCGAGAAACGUACCGGACAAGACGCUGGGAUCGUGCUGUCGCCGCUGAUCGGUGUGGUGGUCGGAGCUUUGGUCACGCUGGUCCUCAUCAUUCUUGUGGUGGUGGUGCGCGUACGCCGCGAACGAGUGUCGAAACCUCGACACGAAAAACCGGCGGAACUCAGCGAACUACCGCCGCAACAAUAUCCUCUGCAAAAUCCUCAGCAAACCGUGGAAACCGACCCCGACGUCAUCCCAAAUAAAUUCGAAGGAAGCCUGGUGGAAGUGAGCCCACCGAGUUAUCCAGGUGGAUAUCCCCCGGGACAUUGGGUCACACCCGGACCUACACCAAGCAUAGACGAACUCUGCCACAAAUUCAGCGGAAGACCGACGGAGCUGAGGUUACCAUCGAGAAGCACGAUACCGAGUUUACAGAGCAUGCCCAUGACGGGAGUGAUGAUGGGCGGUGGACAGGGCGGCGUGACACUCGGUGGCAGCCAAGGUGUCGUCGUCGUCGGAGCCGGGCAAGGCGUUGUCGUCGCUGGCGAGUGCUUGGACGGCGAGGCGAUCAAGAGACGACUGAUGGCCAACAGGCUUCCGGAGAGCUGCGUCUAGACCUAGGCGUUGUCCGUCGCCUUUUGCGCCCGUGUAUCGCGUUCACCGAUACGAACAGAAGUCCCUUGCCGAAAAUUUCGGCUCGUUCGUAGCGCUGCACGGCUGGACACUGACCAUUAAGAUGUUCGAUGAUCGAUAUCGUACGCAGCGAACGAACGCUUUCGCGACUCGUCUUGCGAAACGAUUAGACAUCGUACGAAGCGGCAUAAAGACAAUCCGCCGUGUCGUUGCGAGCAACGGAACAACAGCCGCUAAGCUAACGGAGAUCGUCGACUGGAUAAGCGAUAGAUAGAAAGGCAAACGUGCGACGCGAGCUUAGAUUUGUCGGGAAAACUUUCCAAUCGCGAGAAGGUAUCCGCCAAAAUUGUUUUGUAAACGUUUUCUCGAUAGUCGGGCAAAAUUUGUUCUUUUCUCUUUUUUCCUCUCGGGAAGAAACGGACGAAGGAAGGAACGGAACUGAAAGAAAAGAAGAAGAAGAAUCGAACUGGAAAAGAAUUAGGUGAAAACUUGCGCUCCUGAGUUUUCCACCUGGGCAAGAUGUUCCCAAGUAGUCUUCUUCUGUCUUCGAACGUCGGCGCAACUUUCCCCUAUCCCAGUUUCCGUCGCCAGACUCCGAGUCCAACCAUCUUCGACGCUGUCUUUUCGCAUAUUUCUUUCUCGCUACGUGACUUCGCCUCCCGGACACGCCGUACGACCGGACCACCGUUCGCCAAAGUGGCAGUCUCGAGUAACGUAUCGAGGAAACGCAACUUUCUAUCCGAGAACCACGUUCGACUUUGUAUCCGGCUGCCAACCCAAGGUAUUAAACGCGCUUCGAAGCGAUUGCACUGGGAGCCGGCGGCGCUGGCAAUCGACGCCGAAGAAUCGAAAUGGGGGUAAAUAAACCCACGUCUCAGCCUACCAAUCGAAUUCUCCAGACAUCGAGGCAUUAGGCCGAGAAACGCGAGAAAAGAUAAAAGGUUCUCGUACAACCCCUCUUCCGGUUGCUCGGAAUGAAGAUGGAUGGAGGAACUGGGCGAGAAUAUACGAUGGAAAUCAGGGGAGAGGGAAGAGGAAAGGAAGACGCGGGGAAUGGAAAGAUAACGCGAUGUUACUUCGUCGAGUUGCAAGAAGGAAGAGGCGUGAUGCGCGGUAUCGAGGCUGAUCAAUCAGUUUCAACGACGGAAAACAUAUUCGGGGCGGAAGUAGUUUGUACGAAACACCAUUUUAUACGUUGCGACGUCGUCGGCGUCUCCUUUCGAUUAUUUUGCCCGUGGUCGUCCUCUUUUUUUCGUUUCUUUUUUUUCUCUCGCAUUCUCACGAAAUCUCGUACGAGCGCAACGCGAUUUUAACAUUCGCUGGAAUUAGGGACGACGUUUGAUUCAACGAAAAUCGCUUUCUCUUCCUAGCGGAGAGGAUAAAAUGCGUUAAGCAAGAAUCGACAAUAAGUGAUGCGAUCGAGAAUAGAAACUCGAGGUGUUUGUAACUGUAUCGCGACGAAUCCAAUCGAAAUUGAGGAGAACAGUCGGAGACGAGAUAGUUUGGCGUGCGCGACGAACGAACGCGCGAGCUGGCAAACGAGGCGGUUUACGGCGAGGAGACGCGGUUUUUUAGGAAAACGAAGAACGUUUUGUUCGAUCGUUACUCGAUCGUAGCUGUGAUACGAAUUUUCCAAAUUUUGAUCCAUCGUCGACGUGGACGUUCCUUUUCGCGUUUAGCCUAAUUUCCGACGUGAGUGGAACACUCUUGUAAAUAUACACGCACGUGUAGGCGCAACGAUCGGAGAAUGAAAAUUUACCGCGUGCAUUAUUCGAUCGAGAAGUCGCAGCCGUCCGACUGUUCUCCUAAUUUCAUUCGAUUCUCUUAACGAACGGGAGAAGAAUAACGGAGUAGCGGAGAGACUCGAGGAGUCUUUAUACUCGGGUGAAAAAUUGAAUUUGUAAGGUCAGAAAAACCGGGCUUCCACGUGACACUUUGCGACGAAGUCAUGAAGCUUGACGGCGAAACUAGGAGUAAAAAGUGACAAAGUAUAUUCCUAAGAGAAUGAAGUAACGCCAACUUCGUCCAAGACUCUCGCUCGAGGUAUGCGGUUUCUACUUUGAACGUGUAACGAAGAGAAGAAAACGAGCGAAAAAGGAAUAAACGUUAAGUUAUCGUAAUGCGUGACGCAUCGCGAAUCGAUUACGCGAUCCAAAUGAUUAGUAACGUCGAACCAAAUGUCGAGUGUUCUUUUUUUUUUCGAUGUAUUAAAUGAGAAAAAAAGGGAUAAUGAAAGAAUCCAAAAAAAAAGGUAACUAAAAGUCGUUGCUCGUUAGUUAAUGUCGUAUCGUUGUACAUAAGUAUGUAUCGUUGAAGAAUUUGCCCUGCGUGGGAACCGUGCUCGAGGACGAUCGCACAAACGUCGUCGGUAAUUUCGAUCUUCGAGGGUGCGAGUUUAAUGGAAGGUGUAAUCCGACUGACGAUGAGUAGGAAACGCUGGUGUGCCAGGAAAUCGAGGCGAUUCGCAACGACGCGACCUGUAUCGUCGUUCGAUGGGACUCGUCGAUUUCUGUUCGAGUGACAGGUUGACAGGUCGUUAUUUCCCAAAACGCUCGACGAACAACGAUCUUUGUUAAUUAGAGUAAACGCUAUCCUCGCCGCAAACAUAGAAUUAGCCGCGCUUCGGGAAUCGGAUCAAACAUCUUUUUCUAUCGAACCCUCGAAAAAUCAUCGUUACGGUCGGUCGUCGUCGCACUGCCAACGAAAUUGCUACGUUCCCGCGUGGAAACCAGCGACCUGAUCGACGCGAUCACACUUUUUUUCUUUCACGUCCACGAACAUUUAACGUAAACGUAUCCGGCUGUCGAUCUGGCGAGAAUCAAUUUUCGGUAUAACGCACGCACAAGCCGAGAAUCUACAUCGAUUCCUGUACGCUCAAACGUUUCUCCUCGAGGGAAAGAUGAAGAAUAUAAUUCUGGUUUUUCCUCUUCUUUUUGACCGUUGUUCUUUUCUAUAUGGCUCCUCUUUUUCCGGCAAACGUUCUGACAACAUCGAUAGGAAAAUUCUUGGCACGCGAGGAAACGAUGCGCCGCUGACCUGGUGCAAGCGAUUCGAUCGAACACGAAAACGAAAAUUAGAGACUAACGAAUGUACAUAAUCAGCAUGAUGCGAGGUCCGUGUAAAUCGAUUAUAUUUUAAGUUCACUGUAUAGGUGAUUUCAUAUCAGAACUGCAUAUCGUCUACUAACUCGUAUGUAUAUAUUACAUAAAGUUUCGAUCUGAAUAAACUGUUUAACUGUCCGAA